AUGCUCAAGUCCCAUUUUAAGAUCAAGGACUUGGGGGAGAUGAGGUAUUUCCUUGGUCUUGAAAUAGCCUGGAGUCAACAAGGUAUCAUGGUUUGUCAGAGAAAAUUUGCACUUGACCUCAUUGCUGACCUUGGGCUGGCAGGGUCCAAACCUGCAGAAACUCCUUUGGAGGUCAAUCAGAGGUUCACCAGUGCAUAUUUUGAUCAUGGAUGUGCACCUGAGAAUGUGCAACCAGAUGAGCCGUUGAGUGAUCCCACUUGCUAUCAACAACUGGUAGGCAAACUGCUAUAUCUGACCAUGACAAGGCCAGAUAUCAGUUAUGCAGUUCAAAACCUGAGCCAAUUCAUGCAUAAGCCAAAGAAGACACAUAUGGAGGGGGCUUUAAGAGUGGUAAGGUAUUUGAAGAAUGCACCGGGGUUGGGAAUAAUGCUAUCAUCCAAGAUGUCUAAACAGCUUACAGUGCACUGCGAUGCAGACUGGGCUACUUGUCCAAUGACCAUAAAAUCAGUCAGCGGUUUUGUGGUCAAGAUUGGUGAUUCAUUGAUUUCUUGGAAGCCUAAGAAGCAAAAUACGCUUCUCGAAGCUCACCGGCCGUUACACCUCAUAGUCGUGUACGUGAAAUCUAUCGGGGCGAGUUGA